CAGAGGUGCACAUCGGAUACAGUGGACAGAGCACGAGUUCGCGCUGUAUGUCUUCGCCCACCAUAUGGACAAGGAGACGCGGGCGGCGCUGCAGGCCGGGGCGGCGCGGAGCCCCCUGCCGCCGCCGGACGCGUCGCUACCAGGCGCCGAGCCCGACGAGGAGGACGCGGCGGGCGCCUACGACGAGGACGGCGAGGGCUCGGACGUGUUCAUGAAGUGGAACGGCCAGGAGGACAUCACGCAGGAGCUCUGCGACCAGGUGCCGGACGCGUCCCUGGAGAAGCUGUCCGGGCUCGUCGCGCACAUCGACGCCGGGCUCACGCCGCCGAUUAUUGCCGCCGCCAUGGUGCGGGCGCUGCUGCUCGUGCGCAGCGACGACAAGGCGGACGCCCUCUUCCAGGCCGUGUUCCCCAGAUCGCCCAAGGUUCGCGCCAUGGUGGUGGAGGGGGAGGUCCCCGUGGCCUUCCUCCGCGGCGUGGCGCGCCACCGGGCGGCGUCGGUGACCUUGCGGCGCAUGCUGGCGCGGUACGAGACCACGCCGCCAGAGGAGGUGCGACGGCUGAUAGAGGAGCUGCUCUUCGAAGAGCUGAUGGAGGAGCAGCACGCGCAGAAGGUCGUGCUGGAGCACCCGCUGGCGCGCCACCUCGUGCUGUGGAUGCGGAGCGGCGCGGCGCCCGGAGGCG